AUGAGGGGAGGAAGCUCAAACGAAUAUUGCAGUUGCCAAGUGUGCCUCGGCAAGUACACACUACUUGGCGAUGAAGAAAAUCCAAGGUUGGCAAUGUUCGAAAGACGCCUUCCCUUCUUUGGUUGUGGAAUUGGAUGGUGUUGUUUUCUUUUAGGUUUCCUGUGCCCGUUAAUUUGGUACAUAGCAGCUCUUCUUUAUUGCUGCAAGUACUACAACCGUGAUCCUCGAGAACGGCCUGGGCUUGCCGCUUCUGCUCUUCUGGCAAUCAUGUUUACAGCAGCGACUAUCAUUAUCCUUUCUGUUUUACUGGUAAUGUGUGCACACAAACGAUUCUUGAAUAGCUGUGGUAGCUGA